CACCACACAAGUGGCCAUGCCCGGUCAUAUCUGCUUCAAUCAGCUUAGUUUAUACGAUCUGUUUUUAACGUUCAGUCUUGUCGUCAAUAAUCUGAAUUCUAUGAUUCAAUAAUUGACGAAUAUUGUAUCUGUGAAUUUUUAAAACUUCACAUAAUAUUAAUUUUAGUGUUUGGUAAAAGUUGUAUUUAGAUAUCAUACGCGUUUCGUAUAUAAUGCUGAUCACGGUACGCGUGAUACGUACGGAUAGAUACAUAUAGAUAGGGCCGAUCUGUGGAAUGGAUGCUUAAUAAGUUACGUUUCGCGUUGCUUAUAAUCAUUUUUCUCGAAAUCUUUUAUAACGUUUGCUUUUAGUUAUUGUUGAACUUGAAACAAUUAUCAAUGAUGCUGUUUUAUUAAGGUCAUGACAACAAUUUGUUAUGUGCUUUCUAUAAAUUAUAUUUGUGAUUAUUGUGGUUUUGGAUAAAUCAUUCAUUUCUUGGUCAAAACAUUAUAAAGAAUUUCAUACAAUUAUGGAAUCAAAUGAUAGGAAAAAUGUUUAUCUUGCAAAAACGGGUGAUAAUUCUUUGAAUUCUGGAAUGAGAGAUACAAUGAUUGUUGGUCAGACAAAUAUGACACAAGAAUGUGGUGAACCUGUAAUGAAACCUGGAAAUGUAUCUAGUGUUUCAAAUAAUCAAGCAAAGUGGUCUAAUACACAAAGUAAAAAUUUUAUAAUCAAUGCAGUUCCAGUAAAAAAUGAAAUUGUUCAUCUUGAAGAUGGAGCACAUUGCAAUAAGAAAAUGUAUUAUUAUGAUAGACAUUAUACUGGCCAUGAAGAAACAGAAAGACCAACACGUAGAGGAACAAAAAGAUACAGAGAUAAAGAUGCACCUAAAAGAGCAUUGUCUGCCUUUUUCUAUUUUUGCCAAGAGUUACGUGGAAAAAUGAGAGAAUUACAUCCAGAAAUGGGAGUAGGUGAUAUUGCCAAAGAGUUGGGUAAAUUAUGGAUGAGUACAGAUCUUCAAACUAAAUCGAAGUAUAUGGCAAUAGCAGAAGAAGAUAGAGCCAGAUAUGAAAGAGAAAUUAUUGCAUAUAAUAAAAGAGUAAAAAAUUAUGACCCUGAAGAAGUUGGACCUGUAUAAGUUUUUAAAUCUAUUAAAAAAAGAAGGGACAAUGUAUUUUGCCCUAAGACAAGCACUCGCCAAUUAAAAAUGUAUAACAAUUUUACUAAUAGUUUAGUAUUGUCAAUUGUUGUAUAUAUUAUGUACACUGUUGGCAUUAACAAAUCUGAAAAAAAAUUAUAAGCUACUAUAUUUGGUUAUAAUUAUUUUUCAAAUAGUAUUUGAAAGCAAUUAUUCUACAUUUAUUUUGUAAUUGGAUAUUAUUUUUUGUGAAUAAGGUGUGCUAAUAUAUUUACAAAUGAUACCUAAUACAAGUAAUAAUAUUAAUAUCAAUAGUAAUAAUAAUGAAAAUAAUAAUGAAAAGUAUGAUGCUGAUAAUAAUAAUAAUAAUAUUAUUAUUAUUAAAAAAUGAUAAUGAUAAUCUAUAUUGCUAUUAAAUAUGUUAUACACAAUUGAAGCACAAUAGCAAAUAAAAGUCAAGCAGAGUGAGCUUUGUACAGUGCACUUUUCUUGUCUAAUUAUGCAUUAUUCAUGUUUAUAAUGAUAAAAUUAGAUAUCAGGGACUAUUUAUAUCUAAAACCCUGUAUAGAACACAUAUUCCAUGUAUUUUGUUCUUUUUCCAAUAAAGAUAAAAUCAUUUAAAGCAUUUAUAAUCCUUAAA